CUAACUUGUUUAGGGUCUCUUAUCGUGUAAAGACGUGAUGCGUAUUGUUUACCUUUAAGAAGUUUACCAUGAUGUAAAAAGGCAUGAAUUUACGUUAUUUUGCUUAACGUACGUAAGAUUUUUUAUGUGAGUCUUGUGUUGUGUGGGGAAGCCGGAGUAUCCGGAGGAAAGCCAACCUGUCCGGUAUGGUAACCACCAACAAAUCUUACAUUCUGCCGGGGACGUGGGUUGAACCUGGGUCGCUAAGGUAACAAGCACGUGUACCAACCACUGUGAUAGCCGGACAGCCUCCACAAUAUACAUCUUCAUUUAAAUAUGCCAAAGAAAGGGAAAAAAGGUGGUAAAAAGGGGAAAAAGAAAGGAGGGAAGAAGAAAGCGAAGGCACCAGCAAAUGCUGGGGACAUAAUUCAGAGAUUAUUGAAAUGUUAUGAAAGGAAUUGUCACUUGACAGAAUCACGUGUCUGCCCAAGAAUAGUGGCAGCUUUAAAGGGAUGUCUGGAAAAUCAAGGAAUUCUUUCUCAGUUCAUCUUUGAGCCAGUUGCUGUGGAGAAGGAGGGGGACAUCCCAGUGUUGAUAGAACCAUUCCUGGCUGCGCUGAGACAGGAGCGUUACACGUUCAUCAGGGACAUGUACCUCUGGAAAUACCCACUGUCUUAUGAAAACACUGCUACUCUAGCUUUGUUGCUAGAGAAACCCAUCUACCCGAUCAGAAUGCUGGAAGUCAUGGACUGUCUCAUAGAACCAUACGCUGUUGAGCGCCUCUCUAGGUCCUUCAAGUUCGCCCUUAACCUGACAACAAUCAACCUUGACUAUAACGAAUUCAGCGACGAAGGUUGUAGGAAUCUUGCAAUAGGGCUUGAAGGGAACACGACCAUGCUGUCGGUCAGCCUGUGCUAUUGUGGAUUGGGGGUGGCUAGUGGCACUGUCCUGGGGAAAAUGAUAUCGACUACAGCGGUUAGAGAGCUGUACAUUGAUGGUAAUGACCUUGAGUGUGAGGGGGCAAUGGAGAUCAUUAAGCUCUGUGUGGAGCAGGCCGAGAGAGAGGCACUGAUGAGGGCAGAAGAGGCCAAGAAGAAACUGGAGGAGGAGGAGGCGCUCAAGACAGCAGUUAACAUAUAUGGUCAGGGUAUGUCAUCAGCCAAGGAAAACAAGCUCCGGUACCCGGUCGCUGACAGCAGUGGAGGGGAGCCAGCGAAAUCUGAUACUGACGCAGAUAAGGAGGAAAAGGGGGGAAAGGGAAAAAAGAAAAAGAAAGGAAAAAAGAAGAGGAAAAAGAAGGAGCCCCCGCAACCGCCUAGGGUUGGUCCGUGGAUUCACAAGCUGCAUAUAGCUGAUAAUGGAAUUGACAACCUAGCAUUUGGUGCUAAAUAUGCUCCCGUUAUAUGCAUGAGGCUGUUUAAAAAACUGUUAAUGCACAGUGACUGUGUUGAGGAGCUUGACCUUGAGGACAACUGGAUAGGUGACCUGGCUGGUAGAGAAAUACUGGAGGCGUUGGAGCAUAGGAAGGAAGAGAAAAUGGGCGGAGUAAAGAUCAGAACCACCCAUAACCUCAGCGCAGACGUCUUCAACAGCAUUCUGAAGCUGGGAUCAGGGCUGAAGAAAAAGAAGAAGAAAGGGAAGAAGAAGAAGAAGAAGAAAUAGAGAUAUCCCCAAAUCCAAAAGAUGGAUUGUUCUCAUAGAUAACAGUCAAGUCAUGUGAACAACACUUCGGCAUUUUAAGGACUACUUGUGCUAUGAUAAGUGAUACAGCCAAAUGUUUCUUAAAGGUCUAGCUUUUGGCAGCAAAUGGAACUUUUAAGCCAGGCUCUGGGAAAACGGGGCCAAUGCAUGUGAGUAAACCAGGAAGCAAAGUCUAAUCAGGGACGACACUUUCCACUUGUGCUUGAUUUUCAAAUUGAAGAAACAUCCUUUAAACCAAAAAUUCCAUAACAGUGUUGUCCCUGAUAAGUCUGUGCACACUAAACAGGCUAAUCUUGGACGACACUUGAGGUACAUGUAUGGAUCUUAGUUCUUCCAGAGCUCCGCGCACGUCCUGUGAUAAAUAAACUUCAUUGCUUGUGAUAUUUAGUUUCAUACUGUGAUAUAUGCACCAUACAAAAGUUAUAUAGCACCAAGGUGUUUUUUCUCCUUCAACUGCACUUUAACUAACACAAUAUUCUUAAGUAUAAAAUAUUUCUUAUAAUUUUUGAUUAAAACAUGACUUUUGAACUCAAAUACAUUUUUUCUAGCCGAUAUUCCAAUUCAAAAUUAUCAUUUUAAUGCUGUAAUAUAAGAAAAGGAAAACAUGUUUUGGUGCUAUUUAACUUUUGCUGUUUGUAACAUUGUCUGUAAAUGUUUUUUGAUUCUUUUCUCCUAUGUAUAUGAGUCGUGUCUGAGAAAACUGGGCAUAAUGUAUGUGCAUAACGUGUCGUCCCAGAUUAGCCUGUGCAGUCCGCACAGGCUUAUCAGGGACGACACUUUCCGCUUUUAUGACAUUUUUCGUUAAAAUGAAGUCUUUUCUUAGCAAAAAUCCAAUUUAGACGGAAAGUGUCGUCCCUGAUUAGCCUGUACAGACUGCACAGGCUAAUCUGGGACGACACUUUACGCACAUGCUUUAUGCCCAGUUUUCUCAGAACACGACUUGUAUAUAUUUACAUUAAUCAUGAGUAUGAUGUCUGUAAGAUUGAUCAGAGAAUCUCUAGGUCUGCAUUUACUCAGUUUUCAAGUUGCCUGUCUACUCUACAUGUUGCCUGUCUACUCUACAUGUUGCCUGUCUACUCUACAUGUUGCCUGUCUACUCUACAUGUUGCCUGUCUACUCUAUAUGUUGCCUGUCUACUCUACAUGUUGCCUGUCUACUCUACAUGUUCCCUAUCUACUCUACAUGUUGCCUGUCUACUCUACAUGUUGCCUAUCUACUCUACAUGUUGCCUGUCUACUCUACAUGUUGCCUGUCUACUCUACAUGUUGCCUGUCUACUCUACAUGUUGCCGGUCUACUCUACAUGUUGCCUAUCUACUCUACAUGUUGCCUGUCUACUCUACAUGUUGCCUAUCUACUCUACAUGUUGCAUGUCUACUCUACAUGUUGCCUGUCUACUCUACAUGUUGCCUAUCUACUCUACAUGUUGCCUGUCUACUCUACAUGUUGCCUAUCUUCUCUACAUGUUGCCUAUCUACUCUACAUGUUGCCUAUCUACUCUACAUGUUGCCUGUCUACUCUACAUGUUGCCUAUCUACUCUACAUGUUGCCUAUCUACUCUACAUGUUGCCUGUCUACUCUACAUGUUGCCUAUCUACUCUACAUGUUGCCGGUCUACUCUACAUGUUGCCUAUCUACUCUACAUGUUGCCUGUCUACUCUACAUGUUGCCUGUCUACUCUACAUGUUGCCUAUCUACUCUACAUGUUGCCUGUCUACUCUACAUGUUGCCUAUCUACUCUACAUGUUGCCUGCCUACUCUACAUGUUGCCUGUUUAGAUCCAAACUGUCCUGAAUGAAGGCUUAUAAGCUUAAAAUUUAGAAUUUACUAAAAUUGAAGCUAAAGCAUUAGAAUUGUUUUUUCAUGACUUCUUAAACUUAUUUGUUAUGAUGUUAAAAUUCAAACAUUGAGUGCCCAUACAUGUAGACAUAUAGUUCCUUAAUGUAUCAUAUACUUGAGUUUUGAAAUAUUUAAAAUGACAAAAUAAAAAAUAAGAUACUUUAUACACAUGUUGUCCAUCAUGUAAUCACAUUUUUGUUAUAAGAGAAAUCACAUAAAAAUAAGUUUAACUUUUAAUUUUACAUAUAUAAUAAUAUCCACUGUAUAUUUUUUUUUAAAGUUUGUUUUUCAAUAUCUUUGGUGCCAAAAAUCGUGUACGUUUGAGUGUAUGUAAAUGGUCGUUAAUAUUUAUCAUAUUUACAUUUGUUUUAUAGUUCUAAUUUUAUUUAUAUUUACUAUCAGCUUGUUAACUUUUAAAAGCCAAUAUAUAUGAAACUAUAA